CCUUCCCGGAGACUCAUAGCACCACCCUACCACCAUUGCCUUGACUUCGCGAUUGAUUGAAUUCAGCUUCAACAUCGACAGUCACCCGAGCACUACGCGAUGUCGUCUUCCAGGAAGAGGACCGACCUCAUUGAGAGGAUACGGUAUCCCAACCCCCUUCCUCUUCCCCCUUACCCUCCUAAGCUCCUCAGCAUCGAUACACCCGCAGAGAGGUAUGCAGAUCCAACAUGGUCGUCGCGUCUGGCAGACUCGGUUCCCUUCCCGCUGGUGGUAGACGGAGAAGGAGGCAUGCCCCUCGACAUCAAUGCUUUCCCGGAGCUCUGGGCGACCGAUGCCCAAGGCAGACCGAUAGAUGGCGCGCCUCCUCCUCUCGAUGCGUCGCAGAUUCAUUCAGAGGACGCUUGGCUCCUCAACCCUUCCCUCGCUACUGCCCCCGCUCCUCCGCUGAUAACACCGGCCUACCUCCAGAACCAGCAUGCCAAUGGCGCUAGCGGAACCGCGACUCCCCCAGUAGAGGCGCUGGGAGCCAAGGAUGUAGGAUGGCUCAGAAGGACAGAAUACCUUGGAGCAGAUCGAAAGGCAAAGGCAGAAGCAGCUGUCCGAUCCGCUCGUCAGCAAGACAGGUCUGGCGUAGAUGUCUCUCCUUCGGCAGAGGCAACCCGUAUCGAGGCUUCCUUUGCAGCUGCUGAAGUCCCGUUGGAGAAGCUACAACACCCCACAAAGAAGGAUCUGAAACCCGUGGAAAGCUUUGAGCUUCUGCCUGACUUCGAUACAUGGGCAACUCAAUACCACGUUCUCAAGUUCAGCGAUGCACCGGGUAGACACGAAGAAUCUCGCCAGGUCAUCGACCCUCGACUCCAUCUAUCGCUCCUGCGCGCCCGUCCAGACCCCUUCACGAUGCGACCACUGGUCUCCUUCUUCCUCCCCACAACCAUUCCUGCGGAUCUAUCGCCUCAAGAGUUUGACGAGCUCCUCCUUGCCGACCCAGACGCUUUCGACGAAGAAGAUCGUGCCUUCUUCCAAGAUCAGGCCGGGAGCUUGGACGACUCAGUCAGAGAAGCAGCUGUUCUGCGCAGAGAGGAGCGGAGGAGGAGGAGCGGCUGGGCUGCUGAUCUCCCGCAGGAGCCCGAAGAGGUGGAAGGCGAAGAUGAUGAGGUCACGCAGGAGAAGCAGGUCGCCUUCUCUCGUGAGAGGGCAAAGGUAACGACACCGUACAGUCACCAGAGGGACUACGAACCCGAGCGACUAGGUGGCGAAGAGGAAUGGCAGCGCAUCCUCGUCCUCAACUUCAGCGAGGACGAAGCUUCCACUUCUGUACAGCCCAUCGUUGCAAGCGAAAGGCAGCGUGUUCGAGAUGGCUACAAGGAAGGCAGCGCCAAGAAGGCCUACUACCAUCCCAUUACCCAGCGAACCACACUACGCGUCAAGCGCUCUCGUCGACCCGAUGCACACAAUGCCGAUCCAGACUACUGGCAGAGCAUCGCUCUUACGCACCAGGAGCUCUCGGAGCGAGACCAGCUCAAGCGCCUCUACAAGAGGAGAGGAAGUUCCGCGGAGGAGAGCGGUCGAGGAUGGAGAAGAGGACGGGGAGGGCGAGGCAGAUGAAGAUGAGGACGCAGAUGAGUCGGACAGCUUACCUCGACGCGGGCUUGCCAAGCAGCCUGCUGCUGCUGCCACGACUAAUGGCUCACGGCGACCCGCGGGGAUUGCCGCUUCGGAUGAUGAGGACGAGGCCGAGGCGACGCCUGCAGCACCUGCUCCAGCUGCCGCGUCCACCCCUCAACC